GUUGCUCCACAGUACAUGAUCAUACAGUUGAAAGUUACUUCACAGUUAAAAAGUUGCUGGAUUAUUACACGAGAAACUGCUCGAAAUCGACGGACGGGCAAGGACACUUCGAAAGCGGCUCCUAACAGGGGGUAUCGAAGAAUGGCAUUUCACAUUCGAUGUAUGAACCAGACGAUACGAGCUUGUAGAUCUGCCAUCGACUUCUUGCCAGCACCCGCAUUUUCCCAUACAGACAGGAGGGUACAGAGUUCGUCCACAGUUACCCAUGUGGAUCAUGGGGUAUCGAUUGGUGAUCAUGGUGAUAUAGAAAAAAUCCUUCAACAAACUGCCAAUAAGAAACCAACUUGCGAUGAAAGCCAUUACAAUGUUAUCAAUAAUUUGUUUGAUCUUAAAACAGUUAUAAGACAUGAUUUAGUCAAAGAGAGACAAGAGGUGUUGGAUAAAAGGAUGCACUUUCAACCUAGAGGAGCAUGUUCUCUACAAAGAAACAUUUUCAAAGAAAAUGUAGUGCAGAACUUGGAACCCAAAUUAGGACAUGUUUCACAAUUGACAUCUAUAAAUAAAUUUCAAUGUGCUUCAAUCCUACAUGCAGGAGAAAUUCUGUUAUCCAAUGGAGGGAGUUCAGGAGAACCACCUUCAAACUCGGAAUAUGAGAAGAAAAGAGCAAAACGCGAGGAGAACCUUCUGCAAAUGAAGGCAUUUUUGGAGGAAUCACUUCCUCCAAUUUUUGAAGUAGGUCUGUCUUUCGAUGCUUAUUCACCCAACAUUGUGUUGGAGAACAAUUAUCGGGGGAAAAGGGAGAUCACUCUUGGACUUCAACACUACAAAGCUCGAGUUUGGACCCUACAGACCCUGACAGGGCUCCGAUUUAUUCACACCAGGAUGAACAUACUAAAUACCUCAUGUGACUUGGACGAGAAUUUUGUGCGAGUUCGAUGGAGGGUUCUAGGGUUGAAGCAACUGGCCGCAGCCAAACGCCUGAAUGUGUAUGGAAAGUUUUGGAAGAUUUCGAAACUCCCCGACAGAGUCCUAGAAAAAGAUGCUACGUGGUAUGAUGGCAUUUCCUUUUAUUACCUCAAUGAUGAAGGUUUAAUCAACAAACAUGUUAUCAACAGGGUGGAGGAGGACAGCAGUAAGAAACUGGUCCCCGCUUUGUCACUACGGGAGAGACUGGCAAGGAAAAUGGGGGUACUGUCAUCCAAACAGAUAUAGGGACAUCCAAACAGAUAUCGGGACAUUCUCAGUGAAAAGGAGUUUUUAGGACCUGUAACCAGCUUGUGCAUAAUACCGUCAGAAAGUGAAGGCAGUGCUAUAUUGCAUGUAUCAUCCUUUUGUGGACUUUUAUGUUUGGUUACAAUUAGUCGAAAUUUACAAUAUAGGUUCUUAAAGGGGCAUGGACUUGAUUUUGGUAAAAAAAAAAUUACAUGGAUAUUGGUAAUAUGGUAGUAUUUGAUAUAUAUAUAUGUGAAACCUAGCAAUAAACCUAUAUUUCGAAAACUGAUGCAAAGAUGUUUUUGAGAUAUCUAAAAUUAUAAAUUUUAAAACCAGGCACGGCUUAGCUAUCAACAUGAGGUCAGAGUUGACGGCUUCAAAGAAAAAACCUUUUACAAUAAAAGUGUUCAUUUCUUACUUCUUUGUGCUUAUUCCAUAUAAGUUGAUUUAGCAGUAAUCUAUGUUGAAAUGCUGAAUGCUAUUGACAUACUAUUUAGAAAUCUUGGUGUUCUCACCUCAGCACAUGGCUUAUAAGUGUUUGUGUACAGUCCUAUGAAAUAAGCACACAUUUGUCUCACUCUAGAUAUAGAUUAGCACUGUGUUUACAAACAUUGUGUAAGGAGCCAAGUUUUAUGUAAAUACACAGUGUAUCCUGUAUAAAAACAUUUUUGAUCCAUUUAUUUAUAAAAGUCUUUAUUUCUCUAUUAAAAAAACUGAAUUUCAAUCAAUUAAAAAUCAUGUCCAUGCCCCUUUAAUAUUUGAAAGAUGUACUGAAAAUUCCCCCGAGAUAGUAAGUGAAAUGUAUGGAUUUUUGACAACUUUAUUUAUUUGAAGCAUAUUUUAGUAUGCUACCAUGGCUGUACUAUAUAUUUUUUGCUAUAAUACACUUAUUUCUGAACUAGAGAUAGAGCGUUAUUAUUUUCAGUGUCACAAAGCACUAACCAUAAGUAUGUUUGUUUUCAUGAUGGAACGGCUUGCUUGGCAGUAAAAACUGAGCAAUAUAGCCAUUCUUGGAUAUCUGUUCUACCGGUAAAUUUGUAUAUUGCCUAUCAUAAUUACAACCUUAAGUAAACCGCUGAUGCAAAUGGAGCUGUAAUUUCUUACAAUAAUGUUUUCAAAAGUGCAAGUCGGUGUUGGUAUAAUACUGAUUGUGGCCGUAUACCUCAAUAAGAGUGCUCCUAAUAAUUAGCUGUCUAAUACCCCAAUAGUCUACAGGGCUUUGUUGUAGCCACCAUUAUUUACUAUAGAUUCCUAAAUAUACCUGAGGAAUUUAUUAUCGCAUAAUUUUGUGAGCAUUGUCACUGAAAUUACUUCCUUGUAUUUUUAUAUUCCUAAACCACAUGUAAAACUCCUAAUCAGCAGUGUAAGACCACUCACAAAUUCAUCUUCUCGGGAUUUGACAUCUUUGAGUUAUUUCGCAAUAUUCAGAAUCUACAGUAUGUGAUGGGCAGUGAUACAAUUUAUGACCAGAUAUACAAAGAGGAAAUCACUUCCAUAUUUUUCCUGAAGAGGAAUGACCAGCAUGUAAAAGAUUUUUUUUACCACAUGAUUCACUAAAGAAAUAUUACUGUGCCUACAAGGGAACAAGAGUCAUUGUGUACUUAAUUUAUAAUAAUUUUAUUCACAAAAAGUGAAAGGAAUUGGGCAGCAGGCAUACCCUAUUUUAGCCUUCUCCCAAUAAAUCAUUGUCAUUGUGUACAGCCUCACAGAGGACACAUUGAUUUGAUUUUUGUUUUAUUUUAAAGUUUGGACUGGAUGUAGUAUUCAGGUGAAAUCCAGGACUCGGUUGCAUGGAGGUUAAGUUUAACAAACAGUUAACAUCUCGUUAACACUAUGUAAAUGUAAGAGUUAAUGACAAGUUAACUCGUGCUAGUGAAAGUAAACUAACCUUCGUGCAACUGGAUCCUGUAUUUUCACUUUCAAAAAUGUCCCAAAUGCCGAUGAUCUUUUAGCAAUAAUAUGCGUGCAUUUUGUUAAAUUAUCAAGUAUCUUGCAGCAAAAGUUUUAUUGCAAAUAGUCGAGUAGUUUAAAAGAUCUUCACAAGUUUGGGGAUAAAUUCUCAAGGUCACUCAGAACAAGUGUGUAUUGAGGAAAUUUUUUUUAAGAUUCUACAUCUGUGUAUAAAGCGUUUCAGCACUACAAAGUGUUCAGUUUUGAAAAAUUGUAUUCAACAACUGUAAAUUUACAACAGCACAAUGAAGUGUUCAUUUUGUGCUUAAAUGAGCAUUUCACAUGACUUUAUAGGACAGAUUUUAAAAUUAUCACUAUUAUUUCAGUUUGGUCAUUAAAAGUGAGAAUAGGAAGUGAAAUCAGAUAUAAAUGUACAUAUGAUAUAUGAAUAAAUGGUAUUUUUUAAGGGGAAAUUGAUGAAUUAACGGGUUUUAGACUGACAACGUUUAUAUUCUCCGAGCUUGCACUUCUGGUAAUGUUCAAUAAUACUGAUGACAUACCUUGUGUUUCUGGUGCAUUGUGAGUUAAUAAUUAUACGACUUGUUGUUUCAUUUUAAAAGUUUUAUCAUAGAAUACAAAUCAUUGGAGUAAAUAAUAUGCUACUGGA